GGCGGAGGGAAGGCAGAGGCCGAGCGAGCGGAGCUGGCGAAGGGAGGAAAGGGUGUCUGAGCGCGGGCAGAGGACGGAGAAGGGGGCGGCGCGGGCCGGAACCUCAAGUCUAUUUUCACUUGCUUUUUAAAGAAAGAAAGCUCAUGGUGCAGAUUGUUAUUUCCAGUGCGGGGGCUGAAGGCCUGGCAGAAUGGGUGCUGAUGGAGCUACAGGGGGAGAUCGAGGCUCGCUACAGCACUGGAUUAGCUGGAAACCUCCUGGGAGACCUACAUUACACCACUGAGGGAAUUCCAGUGCUGAUCGUGGGGCAUCAUAUCCUGUAUGGGAAAAUCAUCCACCUGGAGAAGCCUUUUGCAGUUCUUAUCAAACACACUCCUGGGGAACAGGACUGUGAUGAGCUUGGCCACGACCCUGGCACCACCCGGUACCUGGUGACAGCACUCAUCAAAGACAAGAUCCUUUUCAAGACCCGCCCCAAGCCCAUUAUCACCAACGUCCCCAAGAAAGUAUGAAAGAACCCCGGAUUUUCCCUAGAGAGCGGCCAACUCCUUGGACUCGUGCACCACUGCCACCUCGAGGACGGCUUGACAGUUCCCUAGGACCACAGGGGGGUCCUGUUCUGAACACAGGCCACCCAUUAGGCAUGAACUCGGAUCCUUUCCUUAUGGCAGCCAGUUCUCUUGGUGGAAAUCUGGCCCCAUUUCCAAGGAACCCAUCUUUUCCAUCUUCAUCAGGCUCAUUGGCUUCAAAUCCAGCACCUUUUCCUGGUGGUGCUCGUGACCCAAGCAUGGCUUCUUUUCCAAGAGGGAUAAAUCCUACUGGCACAGGCACAGCAUCUUUCCCAAGGCCGGGUGGCCUUUUGGGUCCAGGACCAGGACCAGCUCUAAACCCUAGAACAGGCGCUCUUCCGGGCCCAGGUCCUAUGUCUAACCCCAGAUUAGGAGGUCUCCCAGGCCCAGGCCCUAUGACCAAUCCAAGGACAGGGGGUCUCCUGGGAGCAAGUCCUGACCCCAGAAGUGGUGCCCCCAUGGGACCUGGAUCUGGACCCAGUCUGAGAUCAGGUGUCUUGUUGUCUUCUGGGAAUGGUCCUCCUAAUCCUAGGCCAGUUGGUCUGGGCCCUGGACCAAAUCCCAAUCUGAGAUCAGGCUUUUUAGGUACAAACCCUGCCCCUAGGUCACGUAUGUUUCCAGGCCCAGGCCCAGGCCCAGGGCCCAACCCACGAGCAAGUGGUGUGGGUCCAGGUCUUGGGCCCAACCCAAGGGCAGGAGGCCUGGGUCCAGGUCCAAAUCUGGACACCAGAGCAGGUGGCCUCUUAGGCACAGGAUCUGGUCUUAACUUAAGAAUGGCUGGACCCCAAAGCCUGGAUCUUGCCCCAAUUCUAAGAGCAGCAGGCCUUUUAGGAGCAAAUUCUGCUUCUUUCUCACAGGCUUCUGGAAACAUGGGCACAAGCCCAUCAUCCAUGACAAGAGUACCUGGCCCCCUAGGCCCAAACACAGGUCCUAGCUCUCGAGGAAUUGGCCUUCCAGGGCCAACUCCAUCUCCCAUGUCAAGGGCUCCUGGCCCCAUUGGCCCUAAUGCAGCUCAUUUCUCAAGGCCAGGUGGCCCCAUGGGGGUGAAUGCCAAUCCCUUUCCCAGGGGGACAAGUUCAGGGGGACUGAACCCAACUGCCUUCUCUCAGUCUUCUGGGACAUUGGCUUCAAACCCAGGUACCUUCCAAAGGUCUGCUGGCCUCCAGGGCUCAAGUCCAGCAAUUUUCCCACGAGCCUCUGGGCCUCUAUUCCCCAACCCAGCUAACUUCCCAAGGGCCACUGGCCUGCAGGGUCCAAGUCCAGCUGCCUUCCCAAGGUCUACUGGUCCUUUAGGCCCAGGUCAAGUUGCUUUCCCCAGGUCGGCUGGUGGGCAUCUGGGCUCUUCUCCAGCAGGCCCUAUGGGUAUCAACCCAGCUCCUUUUGGAAGGCCAACAGGAACCCUGGGUCUAAACCCAGCUUCGUUUCCAAGGAUGAAUGGCCCUGUUGCCAAGAGUGUGGUCCCAUUUCCUAGGGUGGGAAACCUCCCUGGCACAAACCCACCUGCUUUCUCCAGACCAGGGGGGCCAAUGGCUACAAUGUACCCAAAUGGAAUGUUACCCCCUUAAACACCACCUUCCCUCCAGGACCAUUUGUUUUCCACUGUGGUUCUGGGCAGGGACUGUCUCUUUAGGUAAAGAGCUCUGUAUCUACAUACAGAGCUACUACUGUCUGAAGAACUUAGCUGAGACUCAAGUUCAGAAGAACUAUCUUUUUUCUCUGCUUUUUUCUUGACUGAAGGUGAAAUGUUAUUUGUGGGACAUGGACUGAAAAGUUGGGAAUGAUAACUUGCCUCGAGAAAGGAACUUGGGCCUUUCAGAAGCCUGCUGUGCUUUUGUUCCACAGCUUUCUGCCCUUUGUUUCUUACCAGUUUCUUGAAUUGUUCUUGUGGACUUUUCCUCAGGGAUACAUUGGCCUGGUCCCAGUGUAUGUGUAAUCCCCUGCUCCCCACUGGAGAAUCAAGCUCACUGCUCUAGAGAUGUUGCAUUGGUGAACGGACCAUACUUCAAUAGCUCUGACAUGGGCAGCUUGGACCUGGUCACCUACUGCCAGACCUUUCCCUGGGGGCUUGAACACAGAACAGGGAGGUGGACAACCACUUCAACCCACCAGAUAAAUUUCUGCUUGACUGACUAGGCCUGCGGCUCCUUUCUCCUGGACUUAGAGGUGGCCAUGUUUAAGGCUGCUGUGUUCAUCUGACUCCCUCUCCACUGGUACUCCCUAUCCAAAAACCUCAAACUUUAAACUGGUGUGGAUGGAAAUUAGGGUGGGGGUGGGGGGAGAAGGGGAGAAAUCACUGUGCUUUGUUCAGCCUGAUGUGAAGGAUGGUUGGUGUUUUUCCUGCAUUGUAUCUUUUCUUACUGUUUCUUUAAUAAAUGGGUUGAGAGGGC